UCGCGCAGCCGCAGUAGCAGGCGCAGGGAGUGUCUAACGGUCGCCGGGCUCCGUGCUUUGAUGCUUCAGAGCUUGUCAGCAGCUUUCCUCCUUUAUCUCCCUCCACCUCUUGAGUGAGUAGCCAUGAGGUGGACUGUGGGAGUCCUGCGGGCCGGCUGGAGAGUGGAGGCUGCAAGAGUGAACUUCCUGUGCCUGAGGAGGGUGCUGUGUCCCCGCCAGCUGGCGGGCAUCCCGCUCCCGGGCGCCUGGCCCGUCACCCUCGUGUCUGGGAUGGCGACCGUCAAGUGUGAGCUUAUCAAAAGUUUCACCUCAGAGCAAGCCGUUCAUCACAACAAGGUCUCCAUUAUAGGAACCGGAUCAGUUGGCAUGGCCUGUGCUAUCAGCAUCCUUUUAAAGGGCUUGACUGAUGAACUUACCCUUGUGGAUGUUGAUGAAGACAAACUGAAGGGUGAGACCAUGGAUCUGCAACAUGGCAGUCUGUUCGUGAGAAUGCCAACUAUUGCCUCCAGCAAAGAUUACCUUGUCACCGCAAACUCCAACCUCGUGGUCAUCACAGCAGGUGCACGCCAGGAAAAAGGAGAAACACGCCUUGAUUUAGUCCAGCGCAAUGUGGCCAUCUUUAAGUUAAUGGUUUCCAAUAUUAUCCAAUAUAGCCCUCACUGCAAACUGAUUGUUGUGUCCAAUCCAGUAGAUAUAUUAACUUACGUGACCUGGAAAUUGAGUGGAUUUCCCAAAAACCGUGUUAUUGGAAGUGGUUGUAAUCUGGACACUGCCCGUUUCCGUUUCUUGAUUGGGCAGAAGCUUGGUAUUCACUCUGAAAGCUGUCAUGGAUGGGUUCUUGGAGAGCACGGAGACUCCAGUGUCCCUGUGUGGAGUGGCGUGAACAUCGCUGGUGUCCCUCUGAAGGAUUUGAACUCAGAUAUAGGAACUGAUAAAGAUCCUGAAAAGUGGAAAAAUGUCCACAGUGGUGUAAUUGCCAGUGCUUAUGAGAUUAUUAAAAUGAAAGGUUACACUAACUGGGCCAUUGGCCUAUCUGUAGCUGAUUUAACGGAAAGUAUUUUGAGGGAUCUUAAAAGAGUGCAUCCAGUUUCUACCAUAAUUAAGGGUCUCUAUGGGAUAAACGAAGAAGUAUUCCUCAGUGUGCCAUGUGUCUUGGGAGAGAGUGGUAUUGCAGACCUCAUAAAGGUGAAGCUGAGCCCUGAAGAACAGGCUCGUCUGAAGAAGAGUGCGGAAACACUGUGGGAAAUUCAGAAGCAGCUUGAGCUUUAAAGUUGUUGGAAACUAUCUUUCAGAAGCUAUUGAAGAGAUAGUAGCUGUGGGAUUGUAUAAGUCAAAAUUUUUAAUAAACUUGAAAUUGCUAAGAAUUGGAAACAGAAAACGACGUAUAGUGACUAUUUAGUCCCCAGCUUUUUUAUUUAGCAUACAGAUGUCAGGAUGAUUCUUUCCCCCCCACACAAUUCCUAAGUGAUUGCAUCAAAGGUGUUUUGGUACCACUGAUAUGCCAGUACUUGCCAUAUAUAUUUAGAGAGAGAGUUGCUAUUUGGUCCAAAAGAACAAAGGAUAUAGGUAUUUGUUGUGUUACAGAAAUGAUAAUUUUCAUUAAGUACAUAUUAAUUUGUUCAUGCUGGCUGGUUUACAUCUACUGUGUUCAUUUAUAUAGUGUUCUUAAGAAGUUGUAACUUUCUCUACAACGUAAAAGAUACGUAAAGAAAGAAGUACAAUAAAGGAACCAUCCGCUGUCUCCGUU